AUGCAGGUCGCCUACGGAGAGGGAGCAGAACUUGCUUUCACCAGAUUUAUGCAAGCUAUUAUGCACGGGGUCGAUCCAUCUACAUCAUCGUUCAACUGGGCUGGCUCCCCACGCUCGUCUUCUGAUGCCAUCCCUACUUCACCUGCUAGUUAUGUGGGCUAUCCUCCAUGUUACCGUCCCUACCCCAGCGCCCGUCUUGUCAUGACAUUGACCAGCUGGGGCUUGCGUGUUCCAUUGCUCGUACUUCCCCUGAAACCUGUCGAAGCGUCCGCCAACGCCAGUGGCACGAUCAGACUCCACUGUCCUUGUCUUCCCCAGACCUCUCAUAUCAGACUUCAAAGUGUUGUUACUCCACAGACUACUCCUACCAAAUCCCGGGCUCUCGUUUUUCCAGAGACAGUUCGACAGCAAUUGGAGGUGGACAAGUCUCCGAGUACCAAGUACGCGUUGGGCAUUUUUACAUUUUACCACCCUCGGCAGGGCACAUUCGACCCUGGUCUCCCGAACAUGUCAGCGGCAUACCUGUCGCAACGGAAUGGUCUUUCAGGAGGUGAUGUGCCAAAUCCCAUUAUUGGCCAACACGAAAUUACCUGGGAAAUGAAAAUUGGGGAUGGAGAGACUGUUUACUUAUGGAGCUCGAUGGAGAGUCGCCCAAGGGCGCCAAGAAUCUACACUUCACAUUGUGCAAUGUUCGGUGAUUUGAGGGUGGAGCCUAGACCUUUGAUGAACCUAAAGCCUGAUGUGGCGAAAGGGUUCCGCGGGUUAUGGGGUGCAGUUCACGGGGGGUUGCAUGCUUUGGGGGGUUGUAAGGGUUCUCAGGCGUUUACCAUCACAUCUUCAACAUCAGAUUCAGAGACAAACAAUUAUAUGGGGUGGGUUGACGUGCCCGCAUCUUCAAUGGGUGAUGAUACUAUUUCCCACGCGGAGAAUCCGAGGAGAGUGUUGUUGUCUUCCAUUGACAUUCGGAUGCCAGCUCGACCACGAUUCAAAUCCACCAGGCAUAUACUAUGGACCUGCGAGUCCGCAAAACCAAGUCUCUUAUUGUUGAACCUUCCGAUCAAAUUAAUUGAUUACGCACGCCCCACCAUCUCGCGAGACGUUCUCCUUGUGCCGCCCACAUGCAUUCAAUCUGUCGACCUACGUAAAGUGGGCGAAAGACGCAAUGGAACCUUCAUGUUGCAUGCCCAGAUAGGCACGACACGGCUUGUUUUGGAUCAAAAGCAUACACUUGAGGAAGGGCCUUGUAUUAUGAACCUAACAGUCUUGAAAACGUAA